AUGUGGCAGAUGACCGUGGACAGGAGGGAUCGUCGGAUACUUGGAGGAUAUAGAAUUCAAGUUGGAUCGAUAGUACCUGUUCGGCGGGGCCAUGAUCUCGAAUCUACCACGGGUUGUUCGGAGACUGGGCAUCUCAAUCUUCCAUUCCGCUCGUUUGCACGCCAUGUAUAUGGGCCAGGCUGUGUUAGUCUAGUUGGUUUGGUCUGCUACAAACCUGCAGUGCGCUUCUGA